CCAUCUGCGGAUUUCAAAGCACCGCACCAAACGGGUCAGUAGUAUCUCUGCUCCACAAAUGGGGAAACUGAGGCCUGGAGCGGCUAAAUCGGUUGUAGCGCUGGGAUUAGAAAUCAGCCUUUCUAAGCCCUCGUCCCACUCUGGCCCCAAAACCAGGUGAGGCUGCUUAUUUCUUUAACUCCUUACAGGGCCCGCCGAGAAAAGCUUUGCCGUCCUUGUGACAUCACAAUCCCUUUCCUGAAAGCAAACCACUGGCUGAUGAUGUCACCAGCUGACAGCCCCUCUGGCACUCAGGCCUGGAGUUGGAGCCAAGCCACGAAAGGCCGGGGGGUGGUGAGGUUCGUUGGCUUUACAUCCACCCAAGGCAAUACAGUAUGAACUCUCAGGGCUGUUUGCUGCUGGAUCUCUGGCUGCAGCUGGUACCCGCUGAUGAUCAAGUCACUGGAGCCCUUUCCUCUUAAAAGAGAAGAUGAUGUUUGUCCGAGAUCUCUUCCUACUCUUUCCUGUCUGGAUUGUCUUCUUGUUCCAGGACAGCCUCUGCCUUUGUGAUCGCCCAAGUUGGGUCAGAGUGGGAUGGGAAAUUCUCCCAGAGGAUCUGGAACAACUGCAGCUUGGCGCUCAGUUCCAAUCUAGCUGCCUGCCCUACCCUCUGGACCAACUGUCUCACUGCUUUACCAGCCUGGAAAUAGCCAGAGACUGCUUAGAGGUUCUGUAUGGCAGCUGCAAGAUUACUUUUUUCCUCCUGCUAGGUUUAUGUGUACGCUGUCUUUGGAGCAAACUGAGAAGGCCUCAGAAGAAGGUGUCCGUCCAAACCUCUUCCUUGUCCGUCACAACGGAAUUCCACGCUGAGUGCACCUGCAAUGUGGACAAGAUGCUCUGCAGGCUGGUGGCGAACACGUCUGUCAUGAUGAAAUACCUGAAGUACGUGUGCCACCAGCAGAGGAAAGAAGCCAGGCAGCGGAAGCUAAGUAAGAAGAGGAAGGGAGAAGAAAUGAAGGAUGAAGUGUCCUUCCCCAUUUGUCCCUACAGCCACAGCUCCAGCAUGGAUACCGUGAUGCAGGAAGUGUAGGGGAGCGGAUGCCCCCGGGGACAGCAAUCCUAUUUUUGUGCUCUAAUCGUUGUUUAUCCAGAUUCUGUGCAAGGAUGUUGCUAAGGCAGGAGAGCGGGGAGGCCAGGGACAGAGCCAAGGCGCAUGACAGUGUGAGAGCUGAAUGUUGUUGAGGAUCUUGUGGACAAGGGGGAAAAGGAGGAGGGGGGAACGAGGGACAAUUAAAAACAAUCUUUCAGAACAUUGCACCGGGGAGAAAGAAGCCCAGGUUCUUUCCUUGAUCCAUCUGCUUUCCACCACUCCCACAAUGCAAGGCAGCUGGAAAGCUGCCUCAUCCAGUUAGCUGGGGGCUCGUCUCGCCAAAGGUGAAUCCCCAUAUGCGUGGAACCAGAAUAAGAGCCGGGCACCAGCCCGUCCAGUGGGUCUGGCCACGGGACAGGGGGCAUGAGCCACUGUGUCCAGCACCACUGGCUGCUAGAAUGGCCCCUUAGGGUGGCAGCUGUGGGGUGUAACAGAGCAGCUCUGUGCCUGCGGUAAGUCACACCAGGGGCCACACGGCUGCUUGACUGCCCUGCAUGUCAGGGAGCUGCACGGACAAAGUAAACCAGCCUUGUCCCUUUCCCACUGGUCCGGCACCAAGCACAGCUUGGCAGGACCAGAGAACCCCAGCCUGAUGCAGACUUUCCUUGGGGCAUAGGCAGCCUUCCACAGUUACUGGAGCAGAUCUCACGUUAGUAGCUGAAUUUGUUGUUGGAUCAGUCACCUUACGGGCCAGGCCUAGCGUAGUGUUUGAAAUUGCCCUGGCCUACAGACAUGGGGGCAUAUCCUCGCUCAGCUGGUGUAAAUCAGCUCCAGUGCAGCUCUGAUGGACUUCCAACAGCUGAGGCUCUAGCCCGCGGUGAUCACAACCCCUGUAGCCAGCCAGUGUGGGCGUUACCAG